UGGCUUGUUAACUUGAACGAAAUAAUGAUAAGAUAAUGCAUUACGAAGCUUUUGCUAUGGAAUAGUGUCACUUAGAUAAAACUGUAAUCACAACAUCAUUUUAAUGACAUAAAAGUUGUGACAAAAAUGAUGCAAGUUUUGGUGAUUUUGUGUGGCAUAACACUUGUCUAUGCACUCCCAGCGACGACUAUUCCACCAGAGGGCGCCCCGUGCAAGACGCAGAGCGAUUGCCCAUAUGGAGAAUGCUGUGUCCACAAUCCGCUCAGUCAUCCCGGGUCGCGCAAACGCUUUUUGUUCGAACAGUACUCCCAACAUGACCACGGUUUCUGCAGACGCGCCAGGAAAGAGACAGAAUCUUGUUGGCCACUCGGCCACGAUCCUUCUAACUCGGAGCUCUUCGAGUUCUACUGUCCGUGCGAGAGCGGCUUGGAGUGUCGAGGCCUCGUGGUUCAUGAGAGCGCAACGCAGAUCAUACACGAGCGGCCGCAAUGUCAGAACCCGGAAAAUAGCCUGACGGACACAGUGACGUACAGCGGUCAGACCUGCAUGUCCGAUGCGGACUGCUCCGAGGACAUGUGUUGUGUGUUCCACCCGGACACGCUUAGACAAGAGGACCAGGGCUAUUGUCGGGCUUGGAGACAGCGUAACGAAACAUGCACUGCUUCUCGCACUGCUUCUCUGGGCACUGCGCGUCACACGUUUGAAUGUCCUUGUAAGCAGGGUCUCCAAUGUCGUGGUACACAAGUGCAAAAUAUUGGAGGACAAAUCAAUUUGCACGUGAACCCCGUGUGUCAAACGCCCACCAGUGGAUAGGACGUCUUCACCUGGGAGCUAUGACACCUGUAUUGGAAAUCCUGGCAUUAAUCUGUUACUCUAAAUAUAAUUGAACUUCGCAAUAACAAAAUUGAAAUUGUAAAAAUGAGUCUGCAAAUAUACAUAUAUUAUUAAAUAGACAUACUCCACUA